CAAGAGUAGGGUCUGGGGAGGGUGUGUGUACGCAGACCUUGCCCCUACUCGAAAGUAGAGAGGCUGUUUCCAAAGAGACCCCCGGCUCAACGUCGAAAGUUGCAUUGCUUGACUAACUGCUACUUCAUUAAUUAAAGAAGCGCAGAUAGUUUAGAGAUCCAUUUUGAUUUAUUCCAUCACACCCCAAAGCCAAAAAAUGGUGAAAUUUUGNACAAGAGUAGGAGUGCUAUUGAAGGUGCAAAAAGAUAAUGAACAAAGUGCCAUCAUCAUUCUGAAGAGAGUGCUCAUGACUUUCAAGGUCACCGGAAUCGACACCCCGAGGAUUUUCGAGAAGGCCGGGAUAAAGUCCGACAACAACAAGCUGCUGUGCACGGUGGCGGUCGUCGGGUUUGUCAAGAUUCUCUUCAUUUUGAUUGCAACCUUCACAUUAAACAGGUUUGGGCGCCGGAAGCUGCUGCUGACGAGCAUCAGUGGCAUGACGGCGUCAAUGGCGUUGCUGGCUUUGGGGCUGACGGUAGUUGACCACUACACGGACCACAAGGUGACGUGGGCCCUGGCGUUGAUGAGCAUAACGAUGGUGCUGGUCUACGUGGCGUUCUUCUCCAUAGCAAUGGGGCCCAUCACGUGGGUGUACAGCUCGGAGAUAUUCCCGCUGCGGCUGAAGGCCACCGGGGUGAUAUCCAUGACGUUCAUAUCGCUGUACAAAGCUGUCACUAUCGGCGGCGCGUUCUACAUGUAAAGCGGCAUCGCCGUCGUCUCGUUCCUGUUCC